AGCUGUGUUGCUUUGUUUUGAUUAUAAAAUAAGUAAAAAUAUUUAGUUUGUAUCUCUAACAUGGCUUACAUAUUGCGUCAGCUGGCUAAGCCCUCGUUUAGCAGAAGUGUCUUGGGCUCAGUGCGUCUAGCCAGCAAAGAUGCAGCGCCGGCUGCUGCUGCUGUUACCAACGCAGAAAUGAAGCUAAACGUAAGCGACAGCUGCUUGAAACGUUUGCAUGAAAUUUGUAAAGAUGGUUCGUUCCUACGUGUAACCGUCGAGGGCGGAGGUUGCUCUGGAUUUCAAUACAAAUUCGAUCUGGACAGCAAACUUAACCCAGAUGAUUUGACAUUUGGUGAUGAGCAAGGCAAGGUGGUGAUCGAUACAAUGUCACUGGAAUAUUGCACGGGGUCAACUGUGGACUAUCAUAGCGAACUAAUACGAGCAGGUUUUCGUAUGGUUGCUAAUCCGCUGGCAGAGCAGGGCUGCUCCUGUGGUUCGUCGUUCUCAAUAAAAUUGUAAUAAGAUGUUGCGUUAAUAGUUGAUU